UUUCGUAUUGUUCACUAGGAAAUCCCAAUCUUGAGUCUCGUGGGAGAAUUUCAUAAAAUUAUUUCUUAGAAAAACUAGAAAUUUCCCUACCCAGUUUCCCCCGGUUAACUUAUUCAACUUCAUUUCCGUCAGGAGACGGCUAAAAUCGGAACCCGAAAAGGAAAUUCCGGCAACUGCUCCGGUUGUUUUAAUGGGUAGUUCUGAAUACUGAUGUCAUUGUUCUGGAUUGUGAUUCGUCAAUUAGCUGAAAUCGAAGCCAUGGAAACAUCAAAGAAAGUAAUCACGAGAGAAGAGUGGGAGAAAAGGCUCAGUGAUGUAAAAAUUAGAAAAGAAGAUAUGAAUAGAUUAGUGAUGAACUUUUUAGUCACAGAGGGUUAUGUAGAAGCAGCAGAAAAGUUCAGAAUGGAAUCUGGAACAGAUCCUGAUAUAGAUCUUGCUACUAUAACUGAUCGGAUGGCGGUUAAAAAGGCAGUACAGGCUGGUAAUGUAGAGGAUGCAAUUGAGAAGGUUAAUGAUUUGAAUCCCGAGAUCCUGGAUACAAACCCCCAGCUCUUUUUCCACCUCCAGCAACAAAGGCUGAUAGAGUUGAUAAGGAAUGGAAAGCUUGAGGAGGCUUUGGAGUUUGCUCAAGAAGAGCUCGCUCCGAGGGGAGAGGAAAAUCAAAGCUUCUUAGAAGAAUUGGAGAAAACUGUUGCAUUAUUGGCCUUUGAAGAUGUAUCCAACUGCCCUGUGGGAGAGCUCCUAGAUGUAUCACAGCGGCUAAAGACCGCAAGUGAGGUAAAUGCUGCAAUCCUCACCAGCCAAAGCCAUGAAAAAGAUCCAAAACUUCCUAGUCUAUUGAAGAUGUUAAUAUGGGCACAAAAUCAGCUUGGUGAAAAAGCCGUUUAUCCGCGCAUAAAUGAUCUAUCGACUGCUGCACUGGAAGAUCCUGCUGUUUGAAGGAUGACCGAAUGUUCCAUAAUGCAUGAUUCAAGUUGCCUGUAUGGUAAUGCUUCCACUGAAGACAGCUUCAAGAUGUUGCCUUUCUUCUUUCAAGAACUAUAGCUGCUUAUUAUGGUUUCUUAGAUUGAAGUAUGUGUCUGUUUAUACGAUGUAAAUGAACAUAGUAAUUUCCUGUCAGUGUCAAGGUUUCAUAAAUUUAGUUAGUGCUUGUCAUAUCAUGACCUUUGUGUUUGGAAUUUGUGGAAAACAUACAAAGAAAAUAAGCUUUUGGAUCUCAUGCAAAGCUCCCUAAUUAAUCAAACUUAACUUGUGAA